AUGGAUUUAAGGAAAAAAUUAAUUAAAAAUUAUAAAUUCGAAUAUCUAACAGAAGCAAAUCGAGAUAAGAGUUUAAGAAAUUUUAUUAGAAAGAAAAAAUCGCGUAAUAUGAAAUUAUUGAAAAACUUGCAACCUCAGUGGCACACAUCAAAAUAUGGUAGACCAUCAAUACCAUUAGAUUUAGCACUUUACAUAACCAUUUGGUUUCUUGGCAAUAAGGGAAUUUGUUACCGUGAUAUUUCGGAUAGAUUUAACGUUUCUUUAUAUGCUGCAAAUGAGUCAGUGAAAAAAGUUACAAAAAUGAUUUCUAAUCUAAGUACAAUAAAAUGGCCGAAUCAUGAGCAACAUAAUGUAAUCAUAAAUAACUUCAACCGAAAUAAGAAGUUUCCAAAUAUUGCUGGUGCAGUUGAUGGAACCCAUAUAAAAAUUGUUCCGCCCACAUUAGAACAGAAAAGUUAUUAUAAUCGGAAAGGGUUCUACUCAAUUUUAAUGCAAGCGAUUUGUGAUUCGAACUUCAGGUUUCUUGAUGUAUUCAUAGGAUGGCCUGGGCGAGCACAUGAUGCAUCUGUCUGGCAUAAGAGUCCUAUUGGUAAAGCCCUUAAAGAAGGUACACAAACUCUCCCAAACAACAGUCAUUUGGUAGGGGAUUGUGCAUAUCCACUCCAUACCUACUUAAUGACACCAUUUAAGGACUACGGAAAACUUACAGAGAAGCAAAGGAAAUUUAAUUAUUAUUUGAGCUCGCAACGUGUUCAUAUUGAACAAUCCUUUGGUAUUUUAAAACAAAAGUUUAAAAUUUUAGAUUUUAUAAACUGUAGAGACCUAUGCCAAGUUAAGUACAUUGUUAUGGCAUGUGUAACUUUACACAAUUUUAUAAUAGAUAACAGUAAUGAAAGACUGGAUGAAAUUAUAUAUGCAAAUUAUGAAGAAGAAAGUGAUGUAUUUGCAGAUAAUGUCGAUGAACACGAUAUAGAAGCAUCUACUAAACGAAAUGAACUUUCUUUAUAUUCACAGUAUUAA